AUUAACCAUACCCUCGCCCAUAUUCACGUUUCCAACAGCCAACAUCUCUCCGCAAUUUCAAGUCAUCGCCUUCUCUCCCUCCCACCCCCUCCCUUCCAUUUCCACCUUUUUGUCGUCCACCUCCUGCCCUCCUCCCCAGCCCCUCGCCUGUCAGUGAUCCAUCGUCUUCGUUUUGAAACCGCAGUUCUCUCUUUUCAUCGGUCGCCAUUGCCAGUUCAGAACAGUGUAACGCAUCGGCGUACAGUUUUAUAUAUAUCUCACUCCAACCAGUCCCUGCACCCGUCCCAAAGGGGAAUGAAAAUGUCGGUGCGUUGGUGGGGUCUCUCGUGCCACUAGUGACUUUCGCCAGACAUUUUCCCAUUUAUCCCAAGAAUAAUUUUUAAAAACCCACCGACAAACUUUAUUUUUUUUUUAUUUUAAUUUAUUUGAUUUCAAGUAAUUCACAUUAAUCGGUGAGUUGAGAGAUAUUCAGUGGCGGGGCACAAGGCUUUUUCAACAAAGCCCCAGUGGACACACGAAGAGGAAAGAAAAUACAGAGUGAAAUGGCGAUGAUGAGUAGUGUACUCGGUAAAACCGAAUUUGUCGUCGGUGGAAAGUAUAGGCUCAUGAGGAAAAUUGGAUCGGGAUCGUUCGGCGACAUUUAUCUUGGCAUCAACAUUUCCAAUGGCGAGGAAGUUGCUGUCAAACUCGAGAACAUGCGAGCACGUCACCCACAACUGCUCUACGAGUCCAAAUUGUACAAAAUAUUACAUGGGGGCGUUGGAAUUCCACACAUUCGCUGGUAUGGACAGGAACGAGAUUGGAAUGUACUCGUGAUGGACCUACUGGGUCCUUCGCUGGAAGACUUAUUCACAUUUUGUUCGCGAAGAUUCACAAUUAAGACAGUACUGAUGCUCGCUGAUCAGAUGAUAGGGAGAAUCGAGUUUGUACACUGCAAACACUUCAUCCACAGGGAUAUCAAGCCAGAUAAUUUCCUGAUGGGCAUUGGUCGCCACUGCAACAAGUUGUUCAUCAUCGACUUUGGUCUUGCGAAGAAGUAUCGUGACAGUCGCACCAGGUGUCACAUACUGUAUCGAGAGGACAAGAAUCUCACUGGCACAGCGAGGUAUGCGUCGAUAAAUGCCCACCUUGGAAUUGAACAGAGUCGUCGUGAUGACAUGGAGUCACUUGGUUACGUACUGAUGUACUUCAAUCGUGGCUCAUUACCCUGGCAAGGGCUCAAGGCUGCCACCAAGAAGCAGAAGUACGAGAAAAUCAGUGAGAAGAAGAUGUCGACACCAGUUGAAGUGUUGUGCAAAGGAUGCCCAGCCGAAUUCGCCAUGUACAUAAAUUACACAAAGGGCCUUCGUUUCGAUGAAUCACCCGAUUACAUGUACCUGCGUCAGCUCUUCCGUAUCCUGUUCCGUACCCUAAAUCAUCAGUACGACUACACAUUCGACUGGACGAUGCUUAAACAGAAAGCUGGACUAGCUCUUCCAGGACCAACACCAACAGGUAUCACAGGCGCAGCAUUGCCACCAGGAGGACAAGGAGGACAAGGUCAGCAGGAACAGAAUGCAUCCGCCAACCAAACAGUCAGGGCUAGGGAACCGAUAGAUUUAAUCUAAAAUUUCUUUGGCUCUCGUUCUUCUCUACUCUCUCCUAUUAUUUUUUUUACUUCAUUUUUCUUUCGUUUUGUCGUUCUCUCUCUGUCUCAGUUUUGAUUCUUUUUUUUAUCGCUGGAUUUAUUUGAAGGACAAUGAAUGUAAGUGCGAGAACGUUUCAGGCUUUAUUGGACCACGAGUUGUAUUUUUUUUUGUUUUUACCUUCUGAAAACUAUUUUUUGUUUCUCUGUCUCUUGCUCCUCUGGGGAAAUUUCCGAUACUUCUUUUACGAUCGUGUGGUCCAGACAAAGCCCCCCCUUGCACACGCCGAAAGAAAAUGAGUAAGAAAUCGUGGUGACUUCUGUUUAAACUCCAUCAAGUUCAGAAUUACAUUUUUGUAAUGAAGUGGAAUGGAGUGAUGAGUUGAUUUGCUUUUCUCUGCAUUUUAGGGGUUUAUCUUGAGAAGGAAGGAUUGAUGGGAAAUGAAGUGAGUCGUUCCAUGAAAUUGUUUCAUUGAAUAAAAUGUAAUUCCAAAAGUGAAUGAAAAACCAGCAUUUUACAUUCAAUUUUGAUGCUCAACAAUGAAAAAAAUAUGAGACCCAUUUGUGGAACGGCUUGCUCCCCUCCAAGAUAUUCUCAAUCAUGUCCAAAGAAUAACGCGAACAUCUCAUCCCUUCAUGCCCCUUCAAGACAGAUUUGAUGCUCGUAAUAACGAGAGUCGCCACUCAGUAGCAUAAAAAUUGAAGUAAUUUAUAAACUAGUAAUUCAUAACUAAACUUCAGCAAAGGAAGAAACUAAAAAGAAGAGUCAAAUGUCCACAAAGUUUUAAUGAAAGUUGCAUUAACGUCACUAACAGCGGGAGACGGUAUCAGAAAUUUAUCGCGACAAGCCGUCAAUGAAUCUUCCAAGCGAGGCUAAAGUCAAGUUAUCUCCCUCAUCUCCCCUUCUUGCAUUGAAAAUCAGAAUGAAAAAAAAAUAAUGAAGAUUGAAAAUUUUGAGAUAAAUGAAAACAGCUGGAAAUUCUCGGAAUAAUUUCAUUGUUCACCUGCAAAGAACAGCCACUACCGAAAUUAUCUUCGUAGUUCAUCUUCUCUGUUCACUGAUCAAUCGGACGCAAGUUUGUUUUCAUCUCAUUAUCAUAUUUCAUAUUUCAUUGAACAAAAAUUAUCAAGUGGACAGUGACUUCAGGGUGUUCCUGCGUCCUCGUCCAGAUUUCCGUCCUUGCACAGAUCCUCCGUCCGUACCAGGCGAGUCAGAGUUAAAAUAAAUUAAUUAGUUUAUUAUGAAUUCUUCCAAGUUUUCUCAAUGGAGAGAAGAAUAAGUCGUUUAACAUCACUUGAGAUGAUGGAAUUGUGCAAUUUAUUAUUAUUAUUUUUUUUUGUAGAUUCACUGAAUUCCUUUCUCUGCCUUUCUUCUUAAGUAAUGAGUGAACGCGUUUGCUUGUUUGGGGCACUGUCGGUUCAGUUAUUUUGGGAUUUGAUUCAUUUAUUUAAGGAGCAUGACAAUCUCUGAGCAUGAAUUAAUAAUACAGGUUGUUUUGUUUUUUAAUCACGUGAUUUGGGGAAUCUUGGGGGCUCUUGUGAGUUAUUUGAGAGCAUGAGGAUGUGGAGAGGUAAAAAUAGUUUCAACGAUGAGCUGCGAGCAUCUUCGAUGAAGAGGUCCUGCUGCUCCAGUACUGCAGGACAUACGGCGAAAAUAUGUUUUUCAAUGAAGAACAUUUUUUUCUCGGCAUUUUUUGCAGUUCUGAAGGAAUGGGGGCUUUUGAUUUGGGAUUUUUCGUCGGGCAUUCGGCCUGGCUCGUCAGUGGAAGUAUUUUAAACUCUCAACCUCUUCAGGUUCUCAAGGGAUUCACAAGAAUUCACCUGCAUUUCACGGAUUACACAAUUGGGGUUUUGUGAACAUUUUUCAUGAUAUGACAUUGUGAAAUGUGGAAGAGUGGGGAAUUUGGGAUACGUAUUUUUUAUCAUUUACUUUACUCAAUCAUUUUACUUUACUCAAAAGAAGAUAACAAUUUCCACAAUAAAAAAAAUUAAGAAGUUAAAAAUUCUUCAAUAACUUGAUCUGAAAUCUAAUUUAAUACAGCUAUAACAGAUUUUCCAUUCAUUAUUUCUACGAAUUGAAAAAUACGUAUCCAAUAUUUCUCGAAACAUUCCACUUACAAAAAUGAAAAAAUAUCGUAAAACCCCGAUAGCAUCCUUUGUUGUUUGAACAAUUAACAAUAAGAGAGAAUACAUUGAUCGUAGGCUUUAAUUAAUGCUUCUCUUGGUUUGUAACUCUAGUGUUUGAACUCAAACCAAUGUGCGUGGUUCCCACAUCUUGAAAAUUGAGUAAUUUAAUUAAUACAACUAGUGUAAUCAAUACAAAUUCGUUAAAAGAUUCUGCUGAUAAUUUCAAGUACCAAAUUAGAUUCAUUUAACAAUGAUGAAUGAAAAACGCAAUGAAUUAAAUUCUGAAAUCAAUGUGAACUUGUGCCCAGAAAAAAGCAGAGUCAUUAUAGAAUUUUCUUUGAACAAUCUUAUUUAAAAAAAAAUUGAAAACAUAAUCUUUCAUUGACCCUAUUUGUGAUUUGGACGUGUCUUGGAAUCUGUUACAGGAGCGCUUUAAAACACUCUAACUCCGUGUGUUAGCCACCAAAUCCCGAAUGCAAUCGCAGUGGUAUCAGUAUCCAAUAAAUAUUGAAUACGUAACCCAUAAUUAACAAAUCAACAACUGUGCGAGAACAGGUGUCACACAAGUGCGAGAGAGAGCGACUAGAGACUCUUGAGAAGAACAAUAAUUGUCAUCCCCAUAAAGUAAACCAGGAAAUAUUAAUGACCAAUAAUCAAAUUUGAUAAAGCAAAAGAGGAAUCGAAAAAAAAACUAUGAUUUAGGAAGACGAAGAAAUGGCAAUUAUUAACAUUAUCCACGUGUGUGUCACUGGAGUGGAUGGAGAACGGACAGAGAAAAAGAAUAAAACAAACCAUACCCAAAAAAGUAACAAACAUUUUUUCAUGAAUUUCAUAAUCACAUUUUCACAUUAAAACGUAACAUUAAAAACAAAACAACCGAUAAAAUUGUAAAAAAUCUUUUCUCGGUACUUAGUUUAAAAUGUUGUUUUUUUUUUACAUAAAAAACAAAAAUGAUAUCUGUCUCUCUUCUACUUACUUUAUUUUCUCUUUACCGAUUAAUCCAAUAUUGAAUGAUUAUUUUUCAUAUGCCGAGGGAUGAGGAGAAUCUCAUCAAAAACGUCUUCACUUUGUUAUUUAUCUAUUUAAGUGAAAAAAAAUGAUAAGAUGAACAAAAAUAUUUGAUUAAUCCAUUCAUAAAUACGAGUAAUAAGGGUUUCACGAUUAUAGAGGUAUUGAAGAAUCCUCGAGUUGCAGUUUAAGAGACAAAACAAAAAAAUAAGUAAUAAUUUUAACAUUUAAAUAAACUAAGAUUGAAUAAACAAUGGAAAGAGUUAAACCAAGAAGAGUAACUGAAAAUUCAAAUGGAAGUGUGCGCAACGCGUCAUCAAAGUUUAAUGCGGCAAGUGAUAUACGAAUAUGUGUGUGUGAAUUUUGUGUACUAUGCUUAAUGGAGAAUCAUUGAACCAAUGCUUGUUUAACAAAAUUGAUAAAAACUCAAAUUAAUUUUGAAGUUUAACGAAGAAAAAAAAAUUGAAAUAAUGCUGAAGGAAAACGAGAGAAAAGAAUGUAAGUGUUUCGAAAGCAAGGGAGAGAGAAUGCCCCAUCAACUAUUCACAAUUAAUCUUUAAUUUUUCUAUUAUUAAAAUAUGGCCGGGACAAUAACGAGAACCUCUAGUAGUGGCUGGUAUUUGUCACGGUGACAAUGAUCAUUAACAUCAUUAAAAUAUCUCAAAAGUCAAGUUGUUUUAUUUUCUCAUGAAUUAUUAGUGAUUCAAAAAUUAUUAAAUUUAAAUAGAGAAAAACGGUACUAGAAAUUUAAGAUUAAAUACUUUCUUUAAUUUAGUUCUAUGGAAAACUGAAUAACGAGAAAAGUUGUAAAGUCAUUUUUUUUUAUGAGUUUACAUUUUCGAUGAUGAACGCCCGAAUGCGUUUUCAUUAAUGGAAAAUACAAGGAGGAGCAUAGGAAUAUGUAAUGAAGUGGGUGAAAACAAAAUAAAAUAUCUAAUGGAUUAAAAAUAUAAUAAGAAUAAGGAAACAAGGGUGAAUGUAGUGAGCACGAGUGAGCAAUGUGAAUUUCAAUUGUAUGCGUGUGGUUUUGUGAAAGCGUAAGGUCCGCUUUUAUUCGAGUGCGUGAGGUUUAAUUAGUUAUUACCAUAGGAAACUACCGAUUUAAAAAGAACAAGAAAAAUUGAAAAAAAAUGGAAAAAAACCGAUUAAAAAAUGGAAAAAAAAUGACAAUGAGGUACGCGAAUGACGAAAGUGCGUGUAUAUUGAUGAGAAUAAGUUGGGAAAAAAAACGAAGAUAAAGUGAAUAAGCGAAUACGUGCACAUCUGCGAAUAUAUAUUAUAUAUAUUAUUAUGAAAAUGUCACAUUAAAUGACACGCUGUUUCCUAAAAAAACAAACAAUAAUUAUGAAGAUAUGGGGGAAGUACGUCAGAACGUUUUGUGUUUUAUCCACUUCUACCUUACACCAACAAAAUACCCCCCACUCUUUCGUCUCUAUUAAUAAAGACUCGACAUUGUACUGUAA